AGUAAGUCAAGAUGUCUUCCUUGAUGUGUAAAAGCGUACUUAAAGUUUCUACUUCCAGAAGCAUUUCGAGGAAAAUAAGCGAGGAUAGGACAGCGAUGUUACGAGAUAAAGAUUCAUUAACAACGAACGAAAAGUCUGUUAGGAGGAAACGAAGUUUGUCGCUCGAUCCUCAAGUUUUGCUGCAAUGGGCCGCAACACACAAUGACGUGGACACAUUGAAAAGCGUAGUGGAAGGAUCGAACGUGGAUAUUAACCAGGCGAGUCUCGAUGGAGUUUACCCGUUACAUCGUGCUGCCUGCUCGGGAAGCCUUGAAAGCCUCCAAUAUCUUGUCAUGAAAGGAGCACAGCUCGACGUGCGGGAUAAAGAUGGCUCCUCACCCUUGGACGCUGCGGUUAACGAGGGAGAAUUUGACUGUGCAAGCUUCCUGAUCGAAAAAGGCGCCAACAUCAACCACAUUCGAGACGGAUUCAUAGACAAGAAUUUAUCACACGGGAGAAAGAGAGCCAUGACUAUUGAGUAGCGACAGAUGGAAGGAAGUAAGAACUUAGCACUACUUUGAAAAAGAAAACGGCUAUGGUUAUGUCUUGGUGUAGAAAUUUCCGUUAGUAGAUAUCAUUAGAUACCAUCGAUAUUCAUUAAGUUGUGGAUACUGUCUUCGCAAGACUGAUCUGAGCAAAUAAGUGCAUCGAUGCCUUAGAAUUGUAAUGAUACGUGGGGUCUUUCAUAGAUAUUAGCUUUCUUCAACUCCUCAGAGCGAUUGGGUCAUUUUUCUCUCUAGACUGACGUAUGACAAUGUAGUAACAUCUACGAAGAACGACUCUUUUCAAGUUCAGAGGAUAAACUUAAAAUACAUCGGUUUAUUUCGCAGAUUUGCCGUUGUUAUUAGAACGAGUUAUUUUCAUGUCCAAAAAUGCUAAAAAUUGGAUUGGAUUACAUCUUAAGCUUGUUGACUGUAAAUUUAACUCGCGUUUAGUAAUUAUCGAGUUGUCAAAACAUGAUUUCAUGCUGUGCUUGUUGUUACUGCAAAUCUUCUAAACAUAGUUUGUAAACACGACCAAGAUCACGUUUACGUUGUUUUGACAGUAAUUCAUGAAACCAUCGUCAUAACAAACAUCGAAAAAAGCUCACUUUUUUCUAAGAGUAUCUGCCGUAGUAAUUUUCAACAAAUCUUUAUCAAAAUUCCAUCACGUUCCUUAAAAGUUAGUAAGUCUCUGAGUAAACAGUGAGCAUGAGGAAAAAUACCGUAACUCGUGUCACAAAGUUGGAAGUGGGAAGGGCAGUGUUGGAAAUUUACUUUUAACUGUUAUCAGUUUAACGCAGACACAUAAUUAUCCAAAAUCAAAAAUUAAACUAGAUAAAAUGUCUUGAGCUGUAAAACCAAAGAUGUCGUUUUCCUCCGCGAAAGAAGUCUGCGCGACUCAUCUCACUAAAUUCAGUUUAACCCACACGAACGUUCUCUAAGAACGGUCGGUCUUCAUCUGCAUCGUUUUGCUUUUGAGUUCUCGGUUUUUAGUUUUCAGUGUAUUGAUGUCUCUUCAUACGAAAAUAUUAGGUAACUCUAGCUCAGAAAUCUCAAAGAUGCAGCUGCUUCAUAAGCACUUCCUCUUUAUAUCAACCCUUAUACUAAAAGCGUACUAUAAUUUAUUAAAUAAUUAUGGUAUUAUUAUUCUUGUCUGAGUAUUUUGAUUUGCAUUUUAGUCCUAAAACUGAAGGGUUAUAUGGGCUAUCAUUCUUUAAUAUCGAUAGUGUAUCGUCAUUCUUAAUGGUACUAUUAUUAUCAUCAUCAUGGCUUUUAAUAUUAUUAUAAUCAUACUCGUGAUUAGUGAUUUUGUUAACUACUCGUAUGUUACGAACCAAAUUGGACUCCCCUGAGUCCGAUUACUAUGUCGUCGUUUUUCCUGAAAAAGCGAUCAGGGCCGGUAUGCGUGAGGGCGCUGCUGCUGACAGAAAAGGACAAAUUUGCACAGGAUAUAAGCAUCUUCGCCCUCUGGUUGGCUCAAGGCCAAAGUAAGCCGAUGUUACAUAAUGUUACAUAGAGAAUAAUGCAUGGGUAUAGAAUUUCUCGUCGAGUGUUUAACUCAAUAGUAAUAUUGUAAUUUAUCAAAUAAACUGCGGUGUUAUACAGGGAUUUCUGGCCC